AGUGGUGCAGUUCAGCUGCAUGGAGCUUCAGCAAGUAUGAGCAACCAAGCUGACAAAGCGCCCCAGCCCUGCUCUCCACUUCGAGCCAUAGUGAGGACAUUCAAGGCUUUAGCCAGCAAGGCCACAUUGCCCCCUCCAACAACCUCAUUCUGGAAGCAGAGCUGGGCGAGAGUCUAUGGUUCUGUGUUUGCACAGACAGUAUCCUCUGCCACUGAGCAUGGGCAGCACCCCACCCAACAGGUGCUGGACACAGGGGAGCAGGUGAUGGUCCCUGUAGAGGUCCUGGAAGCGCAGAACCGGGGGGCACUCUGGCAGUUCCUCCUGUCUGGAGCCAUGGCUGGUGCUGUGUCUCGCACGGGGACAGCACCGCUGGACAGGGCCAAGGUCUACAUGCAGGUGUACUCCACCAAGAAACACCUGCUGAACCUCCAGGGCGGCCUGCGGAGCCUGGUCCAGGAGGGUGGGCUGCGCUCACUCUGGAGGGGCAACGGCAUAAAUGUCAUCAAAAUCGCCCCAGAAUAUGCAGUGAAAUUUUCUGUGUUUGAGAAGGUGAAGGACUCCCUUUGUGUGGAGCCCACGGCUCCCUCCAUGGAGGAGCACCUUCUGGCCAGCUCCCUGGCUGUGGCCACCUCACAGUCGCUCAUCAACCCCUUGGAGGUGCUGAAGACCCGGCUCACCCUGGGACGGACUGGCCAGUACACAGGGUUAGGGGACUGUGCCCGCAAGAUCUGGAGGCACGAGGGGACCCAGGCCUUCUACCGUGGCUACCUGCCCAACAUGAUUGGCAUAGUCCCCUAUGCCAUCACCGAGCUGGCGGUGUACGAGCUGAUUCAGCGUGUAUGGAGGAAGCUGGGCAAGGACACAGAAGAGCCUGGGGGCCUGGUCAACCUAGCGUCUUUCACCCUCUCCACCACCUGUGGGCAGAUUGCUAGCUACCCCUUUACCCUGAUUAGAACCAGGAUGCAGGCCCAAGAGAGCAUCCAGGGCUCAGCCCCCAGCAUGAGGGCCAUCAUAGGGAGCAUCCUGGCACAGCAGGGUUGGAGGGGUUUCUACCGGGGGCUCAGCCCCAGUCUCCUGAAGGUGCUGCCUGCCGGCGCCCUCAGUUAUGUCACCUAUGAGGCUAUGAAGAAAGCCCUGGGCAUCUAGGCAGGGAGGCUGGGUCACAUGCCAGGGACACAGGCCACAACUGUGCCUCACCCACCUCAGCACCUCCAGGGACACAACAA